CCCAAGGAACAUCACGUUACAAAGCUGAUAAUCGCACACCACCAUGAGAAAAUUCAGCAUCAAGGUAAAGGCCUUACAGCAAAUGCAAUCAGAUCCAGUGGUUAUUGGAUUCCAAGUAUGAGUAGGGCUGUAUCCUCAUGUAUACGUCAGUGUGUUGUUUGUCGCAGACUUAGAAGAUUACCAGAAGGUCAAAGAAUGAGUGACUUACCCGAGGAACGCAUGGAACCUUCGCCGCCAUUCACUUAUUGCGGGAUGGACUGUUUUGGUCCUUUCGUAACAACAGAAGGAAGGAAACAAUACAAACGUUAUGGUUUGCUCUUCACAUGCUUUUGUUCAAGGGCCAUUCAUUUAGAGAUGUUAGAGGACAUGUCCACUGAUGCAUUCAUCAACAGCUUGAGAUGUUUCAUAGCCAUCAGAGGUGCUGUUCGUCAAAUUCAGUGUGACCAAGGUACUAAUUUUAUUGGUGCCAAAAACGAGUUCAAAGCAGCCCUACAAGAGUUAAACGAGGAGAGAUUAAGCUCAUUUCUCUCACAAAGACAGUGCGACUUUGUUAUGAAUGCUCCUCACUCGAGUCAUGCAGGAGGGGUUUGGGAGCGUCAGAUCAAGACGGUCAGAAGUGUACUCAGUUCAAUCCUAGCAUUAGCUCACAACAGACUCCGUGACUCUGUACUAAGGACUGUGCUAUAUGAAGUAAUGGCCAUAGUCAACAGCAGGCCGCUCACUGUAGACACUCUGUUUAGCCCGGACAGUCUAGAGCCAUUGACCCCCAAUCAUCUCAUUCAAAUGAAAUCCAUCUCAGCACUGCCCCCACCUGGCACAUUCCCGAGAGAGGAUCUGUAUGGAGCCAGGAGAUGGCGUCAGGUUCAGUAUCUGGCGGAGCAAUUUUGGAGCCGUUGGAAACCAGAAUACCUCCACAGUAUCAUGGCAAGACAGAAAUGGCAUUCCCCAAAAAGAAAUUUACAAGUGGGUGAUGUUGUGAUGGACAUGGAUGAAUCGUCACCUCGUUGCGAGUGGAAACUUGCAAAAGUUGUGGAUAUUGUUGAAGGAAAGGAUGGACUUGUGAGGAGAGUGAAAAUCUCAGUAGGAGACAAGAGACUAACCAAAGAUGGUAAACGCUUAAGUAAGCUUUCCAUAUUAGAGCGACCUGUGCAGAAGUUAGUUCUGUUGUUGGAGGCUUAAAGACUUUAAAGGGGUAUUGAUGUAGUUUAAAGUUUAUUUUGGAGGUCAUUUUCUAAUGUGAAAAUUAUUCGUAAUACUUCAAAGAAAACUCUUAAUUUUGGUGGGAGUGUAAAUGACCUAUAUUUAAUUUAUUUUUGUAAGAAAGAUAAUACUAUUGGUUGUUCUUUGAUAGUUAAUGUUGCAUUUAUUUUAUAUUUCCAUUUGUAUAUUUCAAUUGAUGUUUCGUUUUGAGGAACCUUUAUUUUGAAAUUUACGCGCUACCUUAGGUUAGUUCCUACCAGGAAGUAAAAAAAAAAAACGGGAGUGUAACGUUAUAGGUAGAGCAGAUGGUGAUUGCUGUUUAUCGGAAAACAGAUUAAAAACAAGGCUAAAGAUUAUUCUGCAUGUUUAGCACCCUCCGAAGUGGCACAAGCUCUUAUGUUGGUGUUGGCUUUGAUUUAAUAAAAAAUCAACGAACCAUCAGUUAAAGUUGCUGACCA